AUGGAGGCACCAAGAAAUCGCGGCGCGCCAUGCCUGCUCCUUGUUCUGUUGGUUCUAGCUGCCCAGUGGUGCAGCGUCUCGACGGCGAGCUGCAGCUUCACCAUAUCCAACUACUGCACCCACACCAUCUGGCCGGGGACGAUGGCCGGCGCGGGCACGCCGCAGCUGCCCACGACGGGGUUCAGGCUCGACCCGGGGCAGACCGUGCGGAUCCCGGCGCCGGCCGGUUGGUCCGGCCGGAUAUGGGCGCGCACGGGGUGCAACUUCAGCACGGACGGCUCGGGCGCGGCCGCCGGCGCGGUCGCGUGCCAGACCGGCGACUGCGGUGGUGGGCACAUGGAGUGCGGCGGCACGGGCGGGAAGCCGCCAGCGACGCUCUUCGAGAUCACGCUGGGGAAGGGCGGCCCCGCCGACCAGGACUUCUAUGACGUGAGCCUCGUCGACGGGUACAACCUGCCCGUCGUCGCCGUCCCGCGCGCGCGGCAGGGCAGCUGCAAUGCCACCGGCUGCGCCGCCGACCUCAACCUCUCAUGUCCCAAGGAGCUGCAGGUGGCCGGCGGCAAUGGCGGCGGCCCGGUGGCAUGCCAGAGCGCGUGCGAGGCGUUCACGCAGGACAAGUACUGCUGCAGCGGCGCCUACGCGACGCCGGACACGUGCAGCCCGACGGCCUACUCCUCCGUCUUCAAGUCGGCGUGCCCGCGGGCCUACAGCUACGCCUACGACGACGGCAGCAGCCUCUUCACCUGCAACGCCGUCGACUACACCAUCGCCUUCUGCCUCCCUCCAGCUGGGUUGAACAUGCCUGCUGAUGCCAACAAUGCUCCUCCUGCUGACAACAAUGGUGCCGGAAGCACCUACGUGCCGCCCCCGACAGGCAACAGCGGGGCUGGAAGCAUCUACCAGCCAACCCCUGCAGGUAACAGUGGCGUUGGAAGUGCCUACCAGCCACCUCCAACAGACAACAAUGGCGUUGGAAGUGCCUACCAGACACCUCCGACUGGCAACAAUGGCAUCGGAAGCACCUACGAGACACCCUUGGCUAGCAGCAAUGGCGUCGGAAGUGCCUUCCAGCCGCCCCUGAUGGGCGACGACAAUGGCGUGAGAAGCGCCUACCAGCCGGGGAUGACCCCGUCGUCGGCGAGCACGCGAUACGGUCAGCUGUGGUUUCUGAUACCUGCAGCGCUCGUGUUCUUUAAAUGA